UUGCAGGAGCACGCAUAGAGGAGGAGGGCGUCGGCGACGCCUCGUCCUCUCCUCUUCCCGUCCUCUCGUCUUCCUCCGUCCUUGAUGUCCCACGGCUUGGGCGGCCCAUUUGGGUGGUGUCGUCGGGGGUGGCGGGUGGAGGCGAGGCGGGCGCGGCCGGAGACGGGCUGGCGCGGGGCGGAUCCGCGGCGGCAGCGACCGGAGGUGUUGGGCAUGUCCGGAGACGGUCCGGCGCGGGGCGGAUCCGCGGCGGCGAGGCAGAGGAGGAACGGUCAAGAAUCGCGGUAGGAGGGGCGGGAUCCGGGGAGGACAUGCGGGAUCUGGUCAUGCCGGUUCUCCUUUGCAUUGCUGCUUGGGCUGCUCCCUCCUCGUGGCUGCCUCGUCUCCCCCAGGCUUUGGAAGAUUUGGAUGGAGCACAGGUCGGGAUUGGUGGUGCACAGGCGAGCUCGGACAGGGGCGGGCACAGGCGAGCUCCACCUACAGCAGGGAGCGUCACAUCCCAAUAUCUACCAGACACUGUAGGCUUUGGAAGAUUUGAGCACAAGUCGGGAUGCUCCCGUUCAUCUUUGGUUGUUUCCUUUCCCCUCUCUCUACGUUUGGAAUCCCAUGCCAAAAUCGAAGGUCACAACCCCCAGCAAAGCUAUCCUCCCGUGGGCCUUUCUUCCAAGAUUUUGGGAUGGGCUGUGUCUUGCUUGACAUGGGAGACGUUCACAUAAUGAGAGCUGCUCAAGGAUGCUUCUAUCCUCAACAUGAUUCCUGGAUACAACACAAUAUCAGCAGCAUAUGCAUCUUGUAGUCUUUGUUCUUUUUUUUUUGUGAAAACUUCAGUAGUAUUCCUCUAUAUGCAGCUAUUUUUUUAGUU